AUGUACAACCAUCGCUCCAUCGUCCCUUCGGCCGGGGCACAAGGCCCUCCUUCUGGCCCACCCCCUCCCGGUCCAGGUGGAGCUGGCCCAUCCCAAGCAGCUGCAGCCGCCGCAGCCGCCGCGCAACAAGGCCCGCAUCCUGGUGGUCCCGUUGCCGGUGGUCCUGGUGGUCCCGCUCCUGCCGGUCCUCCUGGAGCCGCAGCUGGUCCUCCCGGCGCAGCUCCUCCCGCCGGAGCACCCCACACCAGUUCUGCCAGACUCGCCGACCUCCUCGACUUUGUUCGCCAUGAAUUCGACCUGCUCGGCAACGACACCGCCAAUUUCAAGGCACAACGCGAUGACUUGGAACACAGAGUCACAUCACACAUCAGCGAAGUCAACAUGAUGCAGAACCAUUUUUACGAGCUCGAAAAGCGACACACGCAGAUCAUCCAACAAUACGAAGAAGAAGUCAAACGCCUGCGCAGCAUCCUCGACUCUCGCGGCCUGUCUUCUGAGCACGGCGCUCCUCCCGCAUCCUCCGGUCCUAUGAGCGGACCACCCCAUCUGCCUGCUUCUGGCGCCUGCGGUCCACUCCCCAUCGCCUCUGCUGGUGGCCCUCCCCCUCCCGGCGGCCCCGGCGGCGCAGGCUCCGCAAUGUUCAACGGCAACGGCUCCGAGUAUCCUCGCGGCAACGGUUUCGAUCGCGACCGCGAGCCUCUUCGCAACCCCACGCCUUCCGGCGGCAAAGACGCCAAACGCAUGCGUGUCGACUACUCCGGCCCGCCCAGUCCCGGUGCGGAUCGGGACUGGAUCAAAAAGGAAGAACGUCCGUCCCGGGAGGAAGACAAAUGGGACCGUCCCUCCGGAGGAGCUGCGCCACUAGGACCUGGUCCGGCGCAAUCCCCACACGGCGCCCCACCCCUUCCGCCAGCCAACUACCGCGACACCGCCGACUCGCCCACCGCCGCCGCGGCCGCUGCUGGCAACGUCACGCUCGCAAGUCUCUCCGAUAUGGAUCCGGACGAGAUUCCUAAGGAUCUGAAAAAGGAAGGCGCCGAUUGGCUAGCCAUCUUCAAUCCCAAGAUCAAACGUACGCUCGAUGUCAACCUCGUGCACACGUUCCUGCACGAAUCGGUCGUCUGCUGCGUCCGCUUCUCCGCCGAUGGCAAGUAUUUGGCUACGGGGUGCAACAAGUCUGCGCAGAUCUUUGACACCAAGACGGGUGCGAAGACGUGCGUGCUUACGGACGCGAGUGCGGGGUCCAAAGGCGAUCUGUAUAUCAGGAGCGUGUGCUUUAGUCCCGAUGGUAAGUGUUUGGCGACCGGAGCGGAGGAUAGGCAGAUUCGGAUCUGGGAUAUUGGCAAGAAGAAGGUCAGGCAUCUGUUUGCCGGGCACAAGCAGGAGAUUUACUCGUUGGAUUAUUCGAAGGAUGGGAGGAUCAUUGCGAGUGGGUCGGGGGAUAAGACGGUGAGGAUUUGGGAUGUGGAGAAUGGGCAGUUGCUGCAUACGCUUUACACCAGUCCGGGGUUGGAGCAUGGGCCGAGCGAGGCGGGCGUGACGAGUGUCAGCAUUAGCAGCGAUAAUCGUCUGGUGGCGGCAGGAGCGCUAGACACGCUGGUGAGAGUAUGGGAUGCCCAAACAGGCAAACAACUCGAACGACUCAAGUCGCACAAGGACUCGAUCUACUCCGUCUCCUUCGCCCCGGACGGCAAAUCCCUCGUCUCCGGCUCGUUGGAUAAGACGCUCAAGCUGUGGGACCUCACCGGCACGGCCAAGGCGGUGAGCGAAAACCGGGCGGACGAAAAGGGCAACGCCUCGUGCGCAACCACCUUUGUGGGACACAAGGAUUACGUGCUCAGCGUAUCCUGCUCGCCGGACGGGCAGUGGGUCGCGUCUGGCAGCAAAGAUCGCGGCGUUCAGUUCUGGGAUCCCAAAACCGCCCAGGCCCAAUUCGUCCUUCAGGGCCACAAGAAUAGCGUCAUCGCCAUCAACCUCAGUCCUGCCGGUGGUCUGCUCGCCACCGGAAGCGGCGAUUUCAACGCUAGGAUCUGGAGCUACGAUAGGAUCCAAAACUAA